AUGUCGAAAAAGAAUGAUAGAAAAGACGGAGAGAGGCCACAAAAGAAAAGUAACGUCAGCGCGGCCCCGACGGAGAGGUCUGAAAGGGACGAUGGCUUCUACCGGCUGCAGGUCCGAGCUCUGAAGGGCCAGGUGGAGAGGUAUCAGCAGAAGUGCGAUGAGGCAGAGCUGCAGAAGUCGGACUCCUUGUUGCGCUACUCCCAGCUGGAGCAGGAGAUGAAGGACGUGGUCCAGUACCUGAAGCGCUCCGUGGCCCAGCUGGAGGAGGAGCUGAUGAGAUGCGCAGCGCGACUGGAGUCUGAACAACGCACCUGGGAGGAGCAGAACCGUUCCCUGGAACUCCGGCUCAGUAAGCUCGAAGAGGAGCACCAGGAGAAGAGCGAGAAGCUCUCCUCUGAGAACAUGAUGCUGGCCGGAAAGCUAGCGUCUCUAGAAGAGUUUGGGGAGCAGAAGGAGAGAUUGAUGUCAGAUUUGUCCUCGCUGGAGAAACAAUUAGCCAAUGAGGAGGAGGCGCACAACAACCAACUUUAUGAGCUGCAUAUGGAAGCUGCUCUGGAACAAGCUAGUAGUAAGAUGUUCUCCAGGGGUAAAACCAAGCAUGCAGACCACAUGAAGCAGGCUGCGGUGGAGCUCCAGCUGCAGGCCCGGCGUGACGUCUCGGAGGAGGUGGCUCAGUGUCUGGGGGAGAGGGAGGCACUGCAUGAGGAGCUGGCCCACCUGGCCGAGCAGAACCAGGCCCUGGUCCGGGAGAACCAGACCCUCAGGGAUUCAGAGACCCUCACCCGCAGGAAGGACCAGCUCAUUCAUCCCCUGAUGAGAGACCUCAGCCAUAAGAAUAAGAGCAAUCUCGGGGUGAUAAGGAAGUUGACUGACAAGUGCGAGGAGCUGGGGGUGGAGCUUAAGGAGCAGUCCUCUGUAUGCAAGGGCCUGCAGCAUAUACACACCCGACACACCUUGCUGCUGGCUGAGGCUCAGGCCCUCAGGAAGGAGCAUGAGCUCGUCCUGGAGCGAGGCCGGGAGGACGCAAUAACGGUGAAGCGCUUGGGGGCGGAGCUAGAUGAGGAGCAGAGGAGGCGGGGCCAGACAGAGGUCAUCCUGAGUGAGGCUGCCAUGGCGCUCAGACAGGCACUGACGGUAAGUCUGGGCGGUUUGGUUCUGUUUAGGGAAUGGCAGGGAGCCAAGCAGCCAAUCAGCCACAGAGAUGAGAGGCCAGGGUUGGAGGAGCAGGAGGAGGAGGUGCAGGCUGUGGUCCGCAGGAACCAGAACAUGCAGAAGCUCCUGGCCGUCCUGGAUAGAGCUGCGCGGCUCGGGGCCAACGGCCGCGGGACCCCAGAGCUGACCUCAGCCCCAACGGCCGGUCAACACCAGACUCACUACAGGCCGGGGGACCUGGGUCUGGUGCCACGGCAGAACCAGACCUCCAGGGAGUUCAAGGUGGGCCCCCAUCCCAUGACUACCAGCCAGCACCCCAGCUGCCUGUGGCCCCUCACCCUACCACCUCCCUGUGGCCCCUCACCCUACCACCUCCCUGUACCCCCUGACCUUUACCCUACCACCUCCCUGAAGCCCCUCACCCUACCACCUCCCUGUGGCCCCUCACCCUACCACCUCCCUGAAGCCCCUCACCCUACCACCUCCCUGAAGCCCCUCACCCUAUCACCUCCCUGUGGCCCCUCACCCUACCACCUCCCUGUGGCCCCUCACCCUACCACCUCCCUGUGGCCCCUCACCCUACCACCUCCCUGUGGCCCCUCACCCUACCACCUCCCUGUGGCCCCUCACCCUACCACCUCCCUGUGGCCCCUCACCCUACCACCUCCCUGA